UUCUUGGCGGUCGAGUAUAAAAGAUCGCACGAAGGUCUUUCCAGCACACACUCGCCCAGAAGUGGCCAAAGACAACAUCAGCAAGCAGCAAUGCAGUUUUUGGUGCUUGCACUCUUAGUGGCAUUUGCUUGCGCUUCUGAAAUAGAGAAGCGAGAGGCGGAGCCAAGUUAUGGAGGAUAUGGCCACUUAAGCUACCAUCACCGUCCUUCCUAUGGGCAUGGCUACUCUCAUCACUACCAUAAGCGGUCUGUUGAUCCUGAACCUGGCCACUUCUAUGGGUAUCACCCAGUCAGCUAUGGCUACUCUCAUCACUACCAUAAGCGAUCUGCUGAUCCUGAGCCAAAAGCUGAACCUUCCUAUGGCAGAGGUCACUAUUAUGCAUAUCACCCAGCGACCCAUACCUAUUCCCAUCACUAUUAUUAGAGGUCUGCUGAUCCUGAACCAGAAAUGAGCCUUCCUAUGGCUAAGGUCGUUCCUGCUAUCCAGUAACAUUAUGGUUAUGGAUAUCAUUAUCACAGAAGGUCUACUGACCCACAGCUAGCAGCAGAAGCUCUCCCAGUUGUGGACACAGACAUAGCUACACUUAUUCUCAUUCAAUCUACCAUCACCCAUCCAAUCAUUAACUGAAGAUACAUUUGCCUAUGGCUGGCAAUAAAUUUUCUUGUCAUUGGUUCACGUGUGUUCAAAACUUCAACGAAAUAAACAAAACUUCAACGAAAUAAAAAAAAUAUGAAUAUUAUAUAAA